AUGUUAGCCGGACUGGAUAAAAUCUUUCUUACGCUGUCAACAGCAGAAUUCAUAAUUGGAAUGUCGGGGAAUGUGUUCGUUGGACUGGUGAACUGCUCUGAAUGGAUCAAGAACCAAAAAAUCUCUUUUGUUGACUUCAUCCUCACCUGCUUGGCUCUCUCCCGAAUCACUCAGCUGCUGGUGUCAUUGUGGCAAUCAUUUGUAAUGACACUAUCUCCGCCUUUCUAUUCCACUUGGAAAUCAGCAAAACUUAUUACUUUGCUUUGGAGAAUAACUAAUCACUGGACUACCUGGUUUACCACCUGCCUGAGCAUUUUCUACCUCCUUAAAAUAGCUCACUUCUCCCACUCUUUCUUCCUCUGGCUGAAGUGGAGAACGAACAGAGUGGUUCUUGCCAUUCUUGUCCUUUCUUUGCCCUUUCUGCUGUUUGACUUCCUGGUGCUAGAAUCAUUGAAUGAUUUCUUCUUAAACGUCUAUGUGAUGGAUGAAAGUAAUCUGACAUUACAUAUAAAUGACAGUAAAAGCCUUUACAUUAAAACCCUGAUUCUUCUUAGUUUUUCCUAUACCAUUCCUAUUGUUCUGUCCCUGACCUCACUGGUCCUAUUGUUUCUGUCCUUGGUAAGACACAUCAGAAAUUUGCAGCUCAAGUUCAUGGGCUCCAGGGACCCCAGCACACAGGCCCAUAAGGGGGCCAUUAAAAUGGUUAUGUCUUUCCUCCUCCUCUUCACAGUUCAUUUUUUUUCCAUCCAAUUGACAAACUGGAUGCUUUUGAUAUUUUGGAACAACAAGUUCACAAAGUUUAUCAUGUUGGCCAUAUAUGUCUUUCCCUCGGGCCACUCAUUAAUUUUGAUUCUGGGAAACAGCAAACUGAGACAGACAGCCUUGAAGGUACUGCGGCAUCUUAAAAGCACCUUGAAAAGAGAAAAAACAGUUUCGUCUUUACAGAUAGACGUUCCAGGGUCUUUCUAA